CUGGUGACGCUGGUGUUAUCUCACUUUCAAUAACCCGCCUCAAGAAAACCAGUAAAGCGUGGAUCGAUUACACUUUGUUUUCCCAGGGUUCAAGACCCGUUAGGUAGGAUUUACUCCAGUAGGAGUGACAGACGAUAAGUGUAUGAAAAUGAUGGACAGGCUUAGCAAGAGUAAGGUCAGGUCAGGAUAGGGUGGCGGGUGCAUUGCUGGGAGAACAAUGCCCAAACACUGCAGCUGAUCUGGGUCCGUCUGCCUACAGAAGUCAGGUGGAUCAACUCUUCCAGCGGCAGACUCCAGUUUCCAAACUCCCCUGAAGCAAUGUUUCUAUGGGUGGGACCUAAAGCCACAGACAGACAGACUGAAAGGAAUUCUAUUUAUCAGAGGAUUCGGGACUAUGAGGUCCUGGACAGACGGAGGACAGUGACGGCUCUGAGGGCAGGCGAGGACAGAGCCAUCCUGUUGGGCCUCAGCAUGGUGAUUUUCUCUCUAAUGAUGUACUUUGUCCUCGGUAUCACCAUACUGCGGUCUUACACUGACAGUGUGUGGACAGAAGAGGAUAGCUGCACCAUAGUGAACUCCACCAUAGUAUGGGACGUAAACUGCUCAUACAGCUGUGGGGUAGACUGCUGGAAGCGUUCCCGUUACCCGUGUCUCCAAGUCUAUGUCAGCCUAAACUCCUCAGGAAGGCUGGUGAGAUUGCUGCACAACGAGGAGACACAGAGUGGCAACCCUGAGUGUUUCUACAUUCCAAAGUGCCAUAAGAACUACGCUGCGACACACGCUAUAGUUCAGAACAUUUCCCAGCGACUCAGGUCUCAGCAUACAGUCCAGUGUUACGUCAACCCGACGGAGAAGACAGGGAGCGCCAUCAUGACACAGAUUUAUGGUCGGAUCGCUGUCUUUCACUCUUUAUUUUGGCCAACCUUCUCUUUGAUUGGAGGAUCUGUGAUCAUCGCCAUGGUGAAGCUAACCCAGUACCUCUCCGUCAUGUGUGAGAGACUCAGCCGCAUCAAAAGGUGAAGCCUACGAGGCGGCGGGUUUCAGAUCGGAGCUCAAGGACUAAUUUAAAGGUUUGAUCGCUCCGUCCGACUCAGUGAUCAAAGAAAAAAGGGACGGUAGAAGACAGCUGACUGAUGGAUGACAUCUAUGCAGAACAAAGACUAUUUCAAAACAUCAAAAAUGU